AUGAAGCUCCUGCGUCAUCUCUGUGCUCUGGCGCUGGGCUCCUAUUUCUCCUCCGCUUUGGGGGCCCCUUACGACAUUGGAUCAUUCUCGGGUCAUUCCAAGGAUGGGCGUGCUUUGCAAGACAUCGUUACCUGGGACGAGGACUCUUUCUUCGUCCGGGGCGAGCGGGUCUUUCUGUUGACCGGCGAAUACCAGCCCUUCCGGCUUCCCGUACCCAGCCUUUGGAUCGACAACUUCCAGAAGAUCAAGGCUGCAGGCUUUAACGCUGUAUCCUUCUACACCUACUGGCCUCUUUACGAGGGAAAGCCCGGCGAAUUCACCGCAGAGGGCGUCUUUGCGCUUGACAAGUGGUUUCAGGCCGCCAAAGACGCCGGUAUCUACCUCAUCGCCAGGCCGGGCCCCUACAUCAACUCCGAGACCUCGGGAGGUGGUUUCCCGGGCUGGGUGCAGCGCGUCAAGGGGGAGAAUGGCACGCUCCGCACAAACAAGGGCGAUUUCCUUUUGGCCACUCAGAACUACGUCGGAAACAUGGGCAAGAUCAUCGCCGACGCUCAGAUCACCAAUGGUGGCCCUGUCAUUCUCGUGCAGCCUGAGAACGAGUACUCAGAGUUUCGUGGAAACGAGGCAGGCCCCGACGGCGAGUACAUGCAGCAUGUCAUCGACCAAUACCGGGGCGCCGGCAUCGUAGUCCCAUUCAUCAAUAACGAUGCUUUCGACAAUGGCUUCAACGCUCCAGGUACCGGAACAGGCGAGAUGGACAUCUACGGCUUCGACAGCUAUCCCAUUGGCAAUGGCUGUUGGAACCCCUAUGAGUGGCCGGCCAACCAGCUCAAGACUGGAUACUGGCAGCAGCAUCUGAACGUCAGCGCCGGCACUCCUCACGCCAUUCCCGAGUUUCAGGGUGGCGCCGGCGCCGGGUGGGACGUGAGCGUUAACUAUGAUGUCUGCGCUCAGUCGGUCAAUGAGCAAUUUGGUAGGGUGGUCUACAAGAACAACUACGCUGCUGCCGUGAAGCUUAUGAACCUGUACAUGACGGCUGGAGGCACCAACUGGGGCAACAUCGGAUCACCUCACUCAGGAACCAGCUACGAUGUCGGCUCUAUGAUACGGGAAGAUCGAACCUUGAACCGUGAGGCGUACUCAUCGAUGAAGCUGCAAGGCCAGUUCUUCAGGGUGACGCCGGCCUACCUCACCUCACGACCCCUCCAAGCAAGCACCCAAUACACCAACGACUCAGCGCUGACCGUUACUCCUCUGGUCAACCCAGACGACGACACGGGUCUCUUUGUCUUACGUCACUCGGCCUAUGAGAGCAUGGCGAUUACCCCCUACACGCUAUCCGUUCCUUCUAGCAGGGGCAACCUCACCAUCCCUGCACUAGGCGGUUCCUUGCUUCUCAACGGUCGCGACUCCAAGAUCCACGUCGUUGACUACGACCUGGGUGGCGAGAAGCUUCUGUACUCAUCUGGCGAGGUCCUGACUUGGAAGAAGUACGAUGGCAACAAGAGAGUCCUCGUCUUGUACGGCGGUCCCCAAGAGACGCAUGAGGCAUCUAUCGUUAGCAACAGCACUAUUGAGGUUCUCGAGGGACCCAAGCCUCAGAUCGAGCAGAAGAACGGUCUCAGUACAUUCCAAUGGCAGAUUUCAUCUGCCCGAUCUGUCCUCAAGAUUGGAAACACCUUUGUUUACCUUUUGGAUCGCAACGAGGCUUACAAGUACUUCAUCCCUCUCCUGCCCUCUCCGGAACGCGGUGCCUACGGUACUACAGAAACCAACGCCGAUGCGGUCAUCGUGAAGGCCGGAUACCUCGUUCGCAGCGCUGAGGCCUCACGCGAUUCUGGCGUUCUGUCGCUUGCGGCCGACUUCAACGGAACCACUACUGUUGAGGUCAUCGGCGCGCCCGGCUGGGUCCAGCAGCUCAACAUCAAUGGCGAGAAGGUGGACGCCGUUCGUAACAGCAUCGGCAACCUGGAGAUCAUCAUUAACUACGAGACGCCGACGCUCAAUUUGCCUGACUUGAGCUCCGUGGAUUGGAAGUACGCCGAUUCUCUCCCCGAGAUCACGGCCGGCUACGAUGACUCGAUGUGGCCUUCUGCAAACCAUCAAACCUGGAACAACCAGGCUGCACCCCAAUACAUUCCAUUCGUUCUCGCGGGAAGCGAGUACGGGUUUCACUCCGGCUACUUAGUCUACAGGGGUCAUUUCACUGCUAGAGGCAACGAGACCAAGCUUGACCUCACAACAGCUGGGGGCAUGGCUUAUAGCCACUCAGUAUGGCUGGACGAGACCUACAUAGGGUCCUGGGAAGGCAGCCCUUGGGACAAGACGAAGCAAACGUCGUAUUCCCUUCCGAAUCUGGAGGCCGGCGUCGAGCACGUCCUUACCGUCGUGGUAGACAACCACGGGCAGGAGGGUAACUUCCAGGUCGGCGUCGACGACAUGAAAUCUCCACGCGGUAUCAUCAAUUACUCCUUAGGGGGCACCGAGGUUAACUGGAAGAUCACUGGCAACCUCGGCGGGGAGGAUUACAAGGACAGGGCGCGCGGUCCCCUCAACGAGGGUGGCAGCUACGCGGAACGCCAGGGCUGGCAUCUUCCUCAGCCGCCUUCACAGGAUUGGAAUGUAGGUAAUCCGUUGAAGGACGAAAUGAAAGCAGGCAUCCGUCUGUACACGACUGAGUUCGACCUGAACGUCCCCGAAGGUUGGGAUGUCCCUCUUGAUGUCGUGUUCAGCAGGGCUGCAGACGUCAACUUCAGUGUUCACUUGUUUGUGAAUGGCUGGCAGUUUGGCAAGUUUCUGGGUCGAUGGGGUGCCAUGGACUACUUCCCCGUGCCGGAGGGUAUUUUGAACUAUCGCGGGAAGAACACCAUCGCCAUAACGUCCUGGUCGCAGGCAAAGGAGGUGGAGCCCAUGGGUCUGAAGGGUAUCCAGCUUCGCGCCGGGACACCUGUGAUUUCUAGCCGUUCCAAGGUCGAUCUUGUCGAGUCUCCCAGCUGGGAGAAGCGCGAGGGAGCCUACUAA